CUGAUUGGUUACUGGUGCUUUUAAAUGAUUAUUAUGGAAAAGACGAUACAUUAUUUGAUGACAAUGCCAGGGUAAGCACAAUAAUUUCUCUUGUGAAACAUAGUGUUGUAGGAUAUCUACCGUCUGCAAAAUUAGUUUCCAGUGUUACAGAGAUGUCUUUGGAUAAUAUGUUUUGUUCUCGAUGUAGAGAAGGUUUUGUACCUCAUGAGAAGAUUGUUAAUUCAAAUGGAGAAUUAUGGCAUCCUCAAUGUUUUGUAUGUGCACAAUGCUUUCGUCCAUUUCCAGAUGGAAUAUUUUAUGAAUUUGAGGGAUAUAAAUAUUGUGAACAUGAUUUUCAUGUUUUAUUUGCACCUUGUUGUGAGAAAUGUGGAGAAUUUGUUAUUGGUCGUGUAAUAAAAGCUAUGAAUGCUAAUUGGCAUCCAGGAUGUUUUCGUUGUGAAGAAUGUAAUGGUGAAUUGGCUGAUGCAGGAUUUAUUAAAUGUCAGGGUAGAGCAUUGUGUCAUACAUGUAAUGCACGUGUUAAGGCUGGGGCACUUGGAAAAUAUAUCUGUCAUCAAUGCCAUGGUGUAAUUGAUGACAAACCUCUUCGUUUUCGUGGAGAACUUUAUCAUCCUUAUCAUUUUAAUUGUACUGCUUGUGGUAUAGAACUUAAUUCAGAUGCUAGAGAAGUUAAUUCUAGACCAGGAUAUGCUGCAAAUGAAAUGAAUGAAUUAUACUGUUUGAGAUGUCAUGAUAAAAUGGGAAUUCCAAUUUGUGGUGCAUGUCGACGUCCAAUUGAGGAACGAGUAGUAACUGCUUUAGGCAAACAUUGGCAUGUUGAACAUUUUGUUUGUGCAAAAUGUGAAAAGCCAUUUUUAGGUCAUCGUCACUAUGAGAAAAAAGGUUUAGCUUAUUGUGAAACACAUUAUCAUCAACUUUUUGGCAAUUUAUGUUUUGUAUGUAAUCAAGUAAUUUCUGGUGAUGUUUUUACAGCUUUGAAUAAAGCAUGGUGCGUUCAUCAUUUUGCAUGUGCUUUUUGUGAUCAAAAAAUGAAUCAAAAAACUAAGUUUUUUGAAUUCGAUUUAAAACCAGCAUGUAAAAAGUGCUAUGAUAAAUUUCCACAAGAAUUAAAAAAACGUAUGCGUCGAAUGUAUGAUUUAAAUCCUAAAAGAAUACCAGCUUAAAAAUAUAAAUUAUAUAAUGGUCUGGUUAAUUACAUAUAAAAUGAAA